AUGACAGAUGCAAGCGUUGAUGAGAUAUCUCCGCUGAUUUUCAUCACCAGAAAUAUUUCCACUGUAGCUGAUAAUCGAACUGUAUUUCAGCAAAAGCUUUCUGUAUGGUUAAUUCUAUUGAGUGCUGGUUUAGAACGAUUAGCAUUUUAUUCAUUAGCGGGAAAUCUUGUUUUAUUUCUUACGUCGGACAAUAUUCAUUGGACACCUAUUCAUAGUGUUACUACUUCGUUUAUAUUUCUUGGCACAAGUUACAUAUCAGCAAUUGUUUUUGCUUGGAUAAGUGAUGGUAAAUUGGGUCGUGCAAAAACCAUUGUUACCGGUUUUAUUCUAUAUAUUAUUGGCUAUGUAUUUAUUUCUUUAUUUUCUGAUGAUGAUAAAUAUAAAUUGUAUAGCACAUUUUGUGGUACAAUCAAUUCUACAACAUCGAUAACACCGGAGUUUUUUCAAGAAAAAUGUAUUCCUCAAAUUCUUUCAACAUUAGUUUUUACUGCGAUUGGUGUUGGUGCUGUUCAAGCAAAUAUGGCUGUAUUUGGUGCUGAACAAAUACGAGAACAAAAAGCAACAAGAAAAUAUUUCGAUAAAUAUUAUGCUGUAGUUAAUACUGGUGGACUUAUUGCAUUUGGUUUUAUUGCUUAUGCACAACAAAACGAUAGUUAUUUCAUUGGUUAUAUUGUUCCAUCGGCAUUACUAAUAAUAGCUUUUCUAUUAUUUUUAAUUGGCUAUAAAUUCUAUAUUCAUGUUCAACCACAUGAUUCCGUCAUGAGUAGUUUUAUUCCAGUGUUAAUAAAUGCUUUUCAAACAUGGAGAAAAGUACGAAAAACGGCACAAACAUUAAGUGCUAAUCGAAGAUCUUCGAAUUCUUCGCUCCCAUUAAGUAAUCAAAUUGACAUUAGUAAUCAAUCAUCGUUUACGACAAGUGAACAGGCAUGGUCAUUUUUGGAUUAUGCAAAAAUGUCUAACCGAGGGCGCUAUCUCGAUCGUGUGGUAGAUGAUAUCAAAUCAUUGCGACGUAUUAUUGUUGUUUUUCUUCUUUUGAUACCUUAUUGGCUUCUCUAUUUUCAAAUUGAAACAACUUUUCUUGUACAAGGUGUACAUAUGAAAGUGAUGAAAAUCUUUCGUAUAGAUAAAAAUCAGCAUUAUAUGCCUGUUAUUUGGUUUUCACUUGGCGAUCAAAUAAUUAUUAUUAUUUCAAUCUUUUUUCUCAACACAUUCGUUUAUAAACGUCUUGAAUCAAGUGGACGAUCAUUUUCAAUCAAAUCUCGCAUGAUUAUUGGUAUGAUUUCUGCAACACUUGCUAUGUGUAUGGCAGGUACACUAGAGAUAUUUCGUCAGAAAACGUGUGAUGCACUACCCACUAUUCAACAAAAUAUUGGCAAAACAAAUUAUACAGCUGCUGAUAUGACAAUAUUUUAUCAAUUUCCACAGUAUCUUGGUAUUGGUCUUUCUGAAGUAUUUACUUCAGUUGCCAGCCUUGAAUUUGCUUAUUUGGCUGCACCACAUUCAGCUCAAUCAUUAAUAAUGAGUCUUCGAUUUUGUUCAGCUGGUCUUUCAUCAUUUUUUGGUUCUGCUUAUGUCGGUAUAUUUGUACAGGCUAAAGAAAAUCUUACGUUUGAUAAUACAGAAUGUAAAGCUCGAAAUCAAUCUGAAUUAUUUUAUAUCUAUUUCUUUGUUCUUGGUGGUCUUCAACUAGUCUUCAUUUUAAUAAUUCUUGGUUGUGAUGAACAAUUCAAAAUCCUCAAAGUAUCAAAACAAAGAUUUAAUACAAGAUUAUUUGUAACACCUAAUACUCGUUCAUCAAAUACUUGA